AAAACCUAAAUGACAUGGAAAUAAUCUACGAUGAGGUGAAGACACUGGAGGAGAAGAUAUGCGAUACAACUCCUGCCAUAACAGAAAAUGAAAAGAAAGCUCCUUUGUGUACUCUACUUCAUCUACUGGCAGCAAGUUUGGGGAUUAUUUGUGUCAUCUUGGUGUUGGUCGUAAUCGCAGUCAGUAUCCACUUCAACACAGUCAAGUCCGAGCAGCACAGAGAAUACAUCAUGUUAACGGCACAGAAUCUGCAGCUGAAGACAGAAAAGAGCGACUUAGAGAGACGGACAGAGGAGCUGAUCAGAGAGAGAGACGGACUCAACUGGACCGUCGGAGUCAUACUGGAAUACGAGAACUUCCCAGUGAAGACAUACUGCUCACAGAAAGUGUGUAAACCUUGUCUGGACAACUGGGUGUUGUUUCAGUCAAGCUGUUACCUGUUUACAAAAUCUAAUUUGUCCUUCGGUUGGAGGACUUGGCAGGAAAGCCGCGAUGAGUGCAGCAAAGUGAAGGCAGAUCUGGUGGUGAUUGACAGCCAGGAGGAACAG